AUGUCUUCUUCUGAGGCGGAGACCAACUCCAAACCCCGUCCGAACAAGAAACAGCGUGUUCCGAAGGUCGGGAUUGCCUGUGAUCGAUGUAGAAGACGGAAGAUCCAGUGCGACGGUCGCCUUGGUGGCGAAAAAUGCCGCUAUUGUACUCAGAAUGGUUGGGCGUGCGAGUAUCUACACGCUAAGGGCAAGUACCAGGUGGGAUACGUCAGGGCGCUAGAGAACAAGAUUAAGCGCUUCUAUCGGCUCAUACAACGAUUACAUCCCGAAGAGGACUUCUCCGCUGAGGUCGGGAAGCCGUUGAACGAGGAGAACUGGUCACAGGAAGGCCAUCUGAGCGAUAUCGAACUCAGUCCGCAGGGAGACUCGCCAGAGACAGACUUCAGCGCUCCGAGCGCGUUUGUUGCUUCCGACACACCGACCUUCUCUCUCACUUUCCCAUUCAAGGAGCCCGAGAUCAAGAUUGAAGACGAAUCGGACAUCGAGGACGAGCACUCGUCAAAGCUGCGCGAUCUGUCGGACGAUUUCAGUCAGCUUACACUGGGUGCAUAUCAAGGACGACAUUCGAACGUGGGCCUCAUCCGUAGUGCCUUGAACAUCACAUUCGAGCUUACAGGAUGCCGCCUAUCCCUAAUCGACCUCGCACGCUUCGGGAGAUCAGCCUUCUGGCAAUACAGCCCAUGGGACUGUACCACACCUAAGCAAUUCGUGCUCGACUUCCCGCCUCCCGAUCUGCUCGAGACUCUUGUUGCGCUCUACUUUGAUCACCAGAAUGCAGUGUUACCAGUGCUCCACCGGCCGACAUUUAUGCGCCUCCUUUCCAAGGGUAUUCACAAUGUCAAUUUCUCGUUCGGGUGCCUUGUCCUGUCAGCGUGUGCGAACGGUGCGCGCUACAGCAACGACCCGCGAGUAUUCCUUCCCGGCGCCGGCCCUCAGUCGGCAGGAUGGCACUGGUUCACUCAAGUGCGCGGUUACUCGGCGUUGCAUAACGGUUCUUCGCGGCUCUUCGACCUACAAUGUAUCUGUCUCACUACGAUGUAUCUCAUGGGUGCUGCCGCUACGCAAGCGAGCUGGGUGUGGUGUGGCCACGGGAUACGCCUUGCGCAGGAUAUCGGCGCACAUAAGAAGAAGACGUACGACGCACUGCCUUCGGCGGAGGACGAGCAGUACAAGCGUGUGUUUUGGAUUCUCACUCUCCUCGACAAGCAUCUCAGCAUCAUGAUGGCUCGGCCGUAUGCCGCCAAUGAUGCAGAUUUGGAUCUCGAAUUGCCAACACCAGUUGACGAUGAAUAUUGGGAGCUUCCCGGACCUUCACUGUCACUCAAGCAGCCCGAAGGCAAACCUUCGCGAAUAGACCUUGCCAUUUACUAUAUCAAGCUAUAUCAAGCGAUAGCGCCUGGUCUAUGCCUUAUCUUCUCAGGCGCGAAGAACCGGGCGAUGUUUGGAGCGCUCAAUGGCAUGUGGGAGCGACCGACCGUCGCGAACCUCGACUCGCGUCUGACCAUCUGGGCAGAAAGCGUCCCUAAACACUUGCGAUGGGACCAGGAAGGCCAGGAGGACAUAUUCUUAAUACAAGCGGCGCAUCUUUGGACGCGAUAUCACGAGUUGCAGAUCAUUUUGCACCGUCCAUUCAUCAAUCCUCGUCCAAGUACACCGAAGGAAGUUGCGGCGGAGCUUGGCUUCCCAUCUCUAGCGAUAUGCCUCAGCGCUGCACGGUCCAUCGUCCGCAUCAUCGACUGUGUCCAUCGGCGUUUCCCAGGCCAACUAUUCCCCUUCUUGCACGACUCGGCUUUCUUGGCGGGUAUGAUGCUGUUCCUCGGAAUCUGGGGUUCGAGGAAGUUCGGGGUGGCGUCAAGGACCGAAGAGGAUCUGCAAGGUAUACGCACUUGUGAGCGUUUCUUGGAAACGCUCGAGCUGCGCAUGCAUCCCGCUGGCCGCCACCGAGAUGUAAUGAAUGCGCUCCUUUCAUUUGUCGAUGCGCCUCCCCAAGCCGGUGCUCGUGGACACAAACGGACGCACGAAGAAACGCAGGCGCAACAGGUGCCCACAGCAAACUCGGAAGCAAUCCUCGCCUCUGUUGACGACUGGUUUGCGGGCACGCAGUACGAAACGGCACGGCCCUCGACGCAAUUAAACCCCUUCCAAGUCAACGGUUCCACGAAUGGUCUGGAAGAUCCUUCAUUAUGGACUGCCAGCGAGCUCAGAGCAACAGGGGCGCCGAAUGCCCUGUUUGCUGCCCUAGGUUUCGGCGCCUCUGUCGAUGAGCACAUCCUGCCACUGGAUGACUGGAACGUCAAAGGUGACGAGUUAUUUGAUGGGCAGAUUGAUCUUGCACGUUUAUUCGGGGGAGGAGCUGGGACAGGGACUUAG